AUGAAUGGCAUCCGAAUGGUAAGACAAAAGAGGAAUUGUGAAAUCCGGUACCAUAUUCCACGGCACUCGGGGACAGCCUUGCCCACCUGUGCCUCUAGUAAUAGGCAGGCAGACCUCUCUAUGGGCUGUGGAACCAGCAGAGCAAGGGACCAUGGGGAGGAAAAUAACCCGGAGCCUGCUGGCCUGGUCAGAUACUCACGGACAAAACAAUCAUCUGACGAGUCCAGCCUUCCUAAGGGGAGAUUCCAGCACGCCAUUGGUGAAAACACAAAAUAUGAGUUUGGAUUCAGUGCGGAUCGUAAGAAAAUCAAUACCAACACCACCCACCCCGAGGCAACAGUGCAUAGAGCUGAACUCUGCAGCAGCACAGAAUGCCCGGCUAGACAAGAAGAAUGUCAAACACUCAUUUCUGAAAUAAGAUCCAAACAGAAGGAAUACAAGAGUGUGUACAAGAGGAAUACAAGGAAAGAAGAAUGUGAUACUGACAUAGGCUACAGCAUGAACCUUGGAACCGUUAUGCAACCAUACAAAAAAAAAAAAAAAAAUGGGGAGCCGGGGCCCCCGGGGGCUGCGGCCGCGCCCUCGCCCGCCCCGGCCCAGGCGCGCGUGUUCCGGCCCUUCAGCGCCGAGGACGAGGGCCAGCAGCCCACGGAGAUCGAGUCGCUGUGCAUGAACUGCUACCGCGACGGCGUGACGCGCCUGCUGCUCACCAUGAUCCCCUUCUUCAGAGAGGUGAUCGUCAGCUGCUUCUCCUGCGAGCACUGCGGCUGGAACAACACGGAGGUGCAGUCGGCGGGCAGGAUCCAGGACCAGGGCGUGCGCUACACCCUGACGGUCCGGGCGGCCGAGGACAUGAACCGGGAAGUGGUGAAGACAGACUCGGCCACCACAAGGAUUCCAGAGUUAGAUUUUGAAAUUUCUGCCUUCAGCCAGAAGGGAGCUUUGACCACUGUUGAAGGACUGAUCAGCCGAGCCAUCUCUGGCCUGGAGCAGGGCCAGCCCACUCGAAGGGCAAAUGAAGAAGCCGUCGCUGAAAGACUGGAUGAGUUCAUUGUCAAACUGAAAGAGCUGAAGCAGGUGGCCUCUCCUUUCACCCUGAUCAUCGAUGACCCCUCAGGGAACAGCUUCGUGGAAAACCCGCACGCUCCCCAGAAAGAUGACGCCCUAGUGAUCACACAUUAUAACCUGACUCCGCAGCAGGAGGAGAUGCUGGGGUUCCAGGCAGAGGCGCCAGAAGAGAAGCCGCAAGAGGAAGAUCUCAGAAACGAAGUGCUGCAGUUCAAUACAAACUGCCCAGAAUGCAAUGCUCCAGCUCAGACCAACAUGAAACUAGUUCAAAUCCCCCACUUUAAGGAGGUUGUCAUCAUGGCUACCAACUGCGAGUACUGCCGUCAUCGGACCAAUGAGGUGAAAUCUGGAGGCGCAGUAGAGCCCUUGGGCACCAGGAUCACACUCCGUAUCACAGACCCCUCAGAUAUGACCAGAGACCUGCUCAAGUCUGAGACGUGCAGUGUGGAAAUCCCAGAACUGGAAUUUGAGUUGGGAAUGGCUAUCUUUGGGGGCAAGUUCACCACACUGGAGGGGCUGCUGAAAGACAUCCAGGACCUGGUGACCAAGAACCCUUUCACACUGGGUGACAGUUCCAAUCCUGGCCAGGUGGACAAACUGCAGGAGUUUAGCCAGAAGUUGGACCAGAUCAUGGAGGGUAAAAUGAAGGCCCACUUUAUUAUGAAUGAUCCAGCAGGAAACAGCUACUUGCAGAAUGUGUAUGCACCUGAAGACGAUCCGGAGAUGAAGGUGGAACGUUAUAAGCGCAUGUUUGACCAAAAUGAGGAGCUAGGGCUCAAUGACAUGAAGACGGAGGGCUAUGAGACCGGCCUGGCCCCACGGUAGCAGUGGACCGUUUCCCAGCCAACCUCCUGUACUGCUCAGACCACAGGCUUACUUAUUACUAUUGGAAAAGCGGGGAGUGGCCUCACCUGCUCCUGUGAGGAGGGCAUCUGGUC